UCUUUUUUUUUUUUUGCAGAUAGCUGCACAGGUAUCAAGUCUGUUGGUCUGCCUGUGACUCACAACACUCGGCAAUAUACGCAAGGAGCCUGGAUGAAAGAUCCGUUAGGCAUCAUGGGUGUGGAUACCAUUUUUGUUAUGGAGCUUUUCAGUGGAAGAAAAGUACUUGAGGAGUUUGAAAACAUGGACAAAUUCAAGGCAGGCAUAGUUCAUAAGAAGCAUACGUUGCCUUAUAAUUAUGACGGAACAGGAGCAGUGGUGUAUGGGCCAUACCUUUACUACAAGAGGUGAGGUUCAGCUUGCAGCCGACAACGAAGCAUCCCGCCGCAAGCGAGAAAAAAGCUCUGGUUCCCAAGGCAAGAUGUCAAUAAUCUGGACAAAAUCUUUUCCCACUAUGCGAACUGUUCACCUUCACAAUUUCAGUUCGCGUAGAUCAGUUGUCGCGUUUUAAGCUUAUCUUGCUUGGGACGAGCGAGAUACUUACUUAGUUAUAAAAAAUCCCGUGUAUGGAUAUAUCAGACCUGGAUAAAACAUGUUUAAUAAACAUAAUCACUGAUACGCGGGUAAAAUUCUUCGAACGCACUUUAUUCCAAAUGUUUUUCGUGCAUGUGAGAGGCAAAACUAUAAACAACAUGCACAAAUGUUGCCUGGCCUGGUCUUUAUUCAAUUGUGUCGUUCUACGACGUUUCAGCUCGAUUUGAGCGGCAUAUUAACCGAGAAAGGUGUAUCAAUCAGAAUCAUCAGCUCAGCUAUAAAACCCGUAACUCAGUAAUAUCCGUGCUUUCGACAUAGGUAAAUCAACUUGUUGACGGAACCAGGGUGAUGAACGUGAUUGCCAUUUGCGCAUAUGACGUAAAUAACGCGAGCUAAAUUAUUCAAAAUAGCGUAGUAAAUGCAGACGUUCGACAAAAAACAUCAUCCUUGAGUACCACCAAGAGAGGAUAAAGGGGACAGAGAAGGCAUCCCCCAUACACACCCUAUUCCAUAUGUAAUUCGUCUCGAGUUAUUUUUAAGACCAUAGAUCCCAAGGGGGAUUAGACAACAGCCAAUCACAUAGCGCGAAUGUGUUCCGCGUGUAUGACCCACGGUCAGAGCCACGCGUCCUUCACGAAUUGACGCAGAAAAAAAUGGCGGAAGACGCGGAGAGCGAUAUUGCUAUUUGUUUUGUCGACGAAAACCACUAAAGAGAGAUUUCUGCUAAAGCUGUGUCAGCUAAACGGAAAUUAAAAAAGGAUCGCCCUUCCUCUCUUGCAUAGAGCUAACAGUACAGCAGGGAAAUCCUUAACACACUGAAUAUUCUCUCAGGAUCAUUUAUAAUUUACAAUUUACAGUUUGAAGAGAGCAAUUUCUGGUUUGAUAUUUAUUCUUUUAUUAGUCUUUUAUUAUUCAACAAAAAUAACACUUGGCGUCCUUCUUGCUUUAUUAUACAAACGACCGGUUUCAAUAGACCGGCGAAAUUUCUCAUUUUAUUAACGCACUGAGGUUACGACAACUUCGAGUUAAACUGAUUUCACGGGUUGUCAAAGAGUCCAGCGAUUCCCUUUUCCCAGGUGAGCGCCGACUCAUUUCGCUUCAAUAUUCAGAAAUGCUCUCGAUCUCUUUACGCUUUCAUUUUCAUUGCCUUUCGCCCGACAUGUUUUGCACGGCGUUUAGACAUGCGAAACCUCCAUGAAACAUCCACGCAGCGCGCGAGGUAACUUUAUCCCGAUUCUGAAAGUAACUCAAGACGAAUUACCUGUGGAAUAGGGUGUGUAUGGGGGAUGCCUUCUCUGUCCCCUUUAUCCUCCCUUGGUACGACAGUACACUCAAGUAUCACAGAUUAUGUGAUGCGUUCUGCUAACGUCGAACGCGAUUAGUCAUGUUUCAAUCCUCUUUUGGAAAAACACAAAGAAAAUUAAGCAAUUUUUUUUACGCACCUACUUAAUAUAUCGAGCACAACAUCAAUACAUUUUUCUUCACACUUUAAAUGUAUAAAUACUUUUCGUUUCCAUUAACAGAGAAAAUUCGCCUUACAUCGUCAAGUACAAUAUAAAGACAAGUAAGCAAGAAGCCCUGAUUAACAUGGCAUCAGCUGGUUUUACACAAAGGAAGAAUAAUUACCAAUGGGGUGGCUACUCUGGAAUGGACUUGGCAGUCGAUGAGCAAGGAUUGUGGGCUUUGUGGGGCGAUGCUGACAAUGCCUACCGACUUCACGCCUCUAAAAUUGAUGUGUACAGCAAUGCCAUUAUCUAUACGCGCCCCUUAACUACAGGUAAUAACAGCUGCGCAAUUCAUUUACCUAUUUUUUCGUAAAAUUCCGAAUCAUAGGUACUAAAUGAAGAUCCAAAUUGAUUAGAACACACAAGGUGGCGACUUCCGUGCCACUAAGCCUGAGAAAAUAGCCGAAAUUUCGCGAAACCACCGGCAAAUUUAAAAAAAACUGAAGCAUUACCCAGAUUUGGGUAAUGACAAGUCAUCAAUGUGGAAUUUCUGCGCUGGUACUUCCUCACGUCAUUUCGAGGGAAAACCCGCUGUGUUGGCGUCGCGAAAUGUUAGCUAAUUUUUCUCAGGCUUUGCCUGAGCCCAGGUUUCACUGUGGGGAAAAAUGGCAAAAAUCGGUGCUGAAACGGCAAAAAAAUUCGGCGAGCGAAGCAAGCCGAGCGGUAGACUGAGCCUCAGGUCCCAGGCUAUCUCGGGCUGCUCUCCCUACUCCGUCUCAGUACAAAUCAAAGGAGAAAACUGGGAAAGAGUCAGCAUCUAAGAAUAUCAUUGAAUUGUGAAGCGUCAAUAACAAGUAAACUAGAUUUACAUUUAUCGCAAAAACCUCGGUUUCAUCGAUAAAUUCAAAAUUACCUGUAAAAACUGAGAAACCAAAUUUCGUCGCCUUCUUUACGCCGUAACAGACGAAGAAAUUUCACAAAUGACCGGAAAGCCAUUUUGCUCGUAACUUGCACGAGUUUGGCGUCGCUUGGAGGAGAAAAGCGCUGAAUAUCCCCAGUUUGAGUAGCCAGUCAGAGCGCGCGAAAAACGCUGUCCACUGUUUUAGUAUGACUGAAUAGAAACAUUCCCAACUCGAGUGUCUACCUCGCUGUGCGAUUCACGCGAGUUCGCUACUCGAGGAAUAAUUAUUGACUAGAACGCUAUUGAACGCUAUUAGCUAGGCUAUUACUGAGUUUAUUAGUUCGCGCAAGGAUCAGUUAUUACUGAGUUUAUAGACACGAGCCUUGCACUGUCCGUGCUCCAUCAUUUACGACUUUCAAUAUAUGUUAAUUUCCAAUUGAUUUUUUUAGUUCCACAGAACUUAUCUCUACAUCAGCUUUUCCAAAGUUUAGGAAGACAAUGGUUGACUCUUUCAAGAUUCUUACGUUUGUGCUUUCCAGGACUGCCAGUUGGACAAUUCAAGCGUACUUAGACGAGCAUUCUCUCGUUUUCUCCAGAUUUAGUGCGGGGAGUGCGCGCGAGCGCGAGCGUCGAGCGAGACGCGAGAAACGACAGCGGCAGCCCAAGAAGAAAAAAGAGAGACUUUCUUUUUUCGUGCCUCUCCCGUCUCGCGCCUUCAGUCACGCACGUGCUCAUUUGCAUAUCUUACGCGUUUUGCUGGACGGAUCAAGAAAAAAGAGAGACUGCUCGUAGUGUACGUGUACUGGGUUAAAAAAUUCAUUCUUCUGCUGAUUUAUAGUGUUUGUUUUUUCGUUCUUUAUUUUCUUGUUUUAGAAACGAUGAGGACGAUGGGAAAUGCGUUUGUGGCUUGUGGCGUGGUCUACUGUAUUGAUCAGUUUAACACUAAAUCUACAACCAUCAACUUUGCUUACGACUUCAAAACGGGCCGUACAUGGAACCCCAAUAUUCAGUUCACCAAUCAGUACAACUUCAACUCCAUGGUGGACUACAACCCCAGAGAAAGAGUACUGUACGCCUGGGACAACAAGCAUUUGGUCACUUAUCCCAUCACAUUCGAACCAAUGGAAGAGAAACCUUAG